AUGGAUUACGAGAUGGACCUGGAGCCCUCGGGCCCGCAAGUCACCGUCCGCGAAGCUGAACCCUACCGCGUCGACUUCCGCCUCAGCGCGGUCGACCUUGCCUUCGCCAACUCCCUGCGCCGCACCAUCCUGGCCGAGGUGCCCACCGUGGCGCUCGACCUGGUCGAAAUCGAAGCCAACACCUCCGUGCUCCCCGACGAAAUGCUCGCCCACCGUCUCGGCAUGAUCCCGCUCAACUCGCGGAACUGCGACCAGGACCUGGAGUACACGCGCGACUGCGACUGCGAGGACCACUGCGUGCGCUGCAGCGUGACACUUUCCCUCCACGCGCGCUGCAAUUCCGCGGGCAUCAUGCCUGUCUACGCGCGCGAUCUCAUUGUCGUCGGCGAACGGAUGAAUGAGACCAUUGGCAAUCCCGUCAUUACGGACCCGGAGCUGAAGGGGCCCUUGAUUUGCAAGUUGCGCCGGGGGCAGGAGAUUAAACUUACCUGUCUCGCAAAGAAGGGCACCGCAAAGGAGCAUGCGAAGUGGGCGCCCACCGCGGCGGUGGGAUUCGAGUAUGAUCCGCACAAUAAUCUGCGCCAUGUGGAUUACUGGUACGAGCAGGAUCCCAUCAAGGAAUGGCCCGUCUCCGACAACGCAGCAUGGGAACCCCCCUCCAAUUCAGAUCAACCAUUCGACUACGACGCCGAACCGAACACCUUCUACCUGGACGUCGAGAGCAUCGGCAACCUCGAGCCAGACAUGAUCAUCCAGCAGGGCAUUGUCACACUGCAGCGCAAGCUCGCCACAACCGUCUCCUACCUCUCAGGCGAAGGCGAGGGCCACGGCGGCGCCGAGGAUGCCGACAUGAUGGGCGCCGGCGAUGCAGACUACGAGCCACCCGAGGGUAUUGAUGGGAAUCUCACAUCGUAUGGGACUGGCGCGGCGAGCGCGUGGGGCGCCAGUGCGCAGACUCCCUAUGGGGCUACGCCGUAUGGGCAGAGUGCGUAUGGGUUCUGA